AUGUCCUGUAGUUUCCAAUUGAGCCUCGUUCCUUCUCCACCAAACCUCAAGAUGUCGAUUCGAAACAUAAUCAACGACCCCUUUGCCACUGGGUCCCUAUCUCUGGCCGCCAUGUCGUGGAUCAUAACGUUUAUCAGUUCUAUCGUGGCGGAUGUCCAGGGAUCCUUCCCCAAACUGACGUGGUGGGGUAUUGUGUUUGAGCUGUUCGUGAUCCUUUUCCUCGCAGUUCUCUACAUUGUUGAUGACAUCCAACCACACCGUCUGAGCAUCGUUGGAUUCUUGGCUAUUGCCACCGUUUACACCACUAACUCAGCAAACUCUCUGGUUUACUCCAAUACGUCUGCAAAAAACUGUGCGGCCGCUGGAUCAAUUUUGCUAUCCAUGAUCAACCUGAUCUGGCUGUUCUACUAUGGUACCGACAUUGCUAACUCGGUCCUUGUAGCAAGAGUAUUUGGAAAACAGGGUUCUAACCCAUUCACCACGCCUCAACCCAAUCGGACAUACACUCCUAAUGACAUCAAUAAUACGAAUACCAACUACAUGUCAUCGGGCCAACUAACCGGUCUAGAAAAGGGAGUCGAUUCAAAUGCUUAUGGUAAUCAUGAUGACUCAGACGAUGAGCUAUCUGCUGAUGACCAUUAUCCAAUCACAGUAAGGGCACUCUACAACUACGAUGCCAACCCAGAGGAUAUCAAUGAAUUGUCCCUCAAACAGGGAGAAGUUUUCAAAGUGAAAGACACAGCAGGGAAAUGGUGGCAGGCUAAAAAACAAUCCGGUGAGCUGGGAAUCUGUCCAAGCAACUACGUGGAAACCCUACAUUAG